GCCGCCCGCGCUCCUGCCGCCUCCCCAGAGCUGCGUCCCGUCCUGUCCAGUCCCGUCUCCGGCGCGGCCCGGUCCGCGCGCUUGCUCCGGCCGCCUUCCGCCGUCCUCUACCCGCGCCAUGGCCAGCCUGCGGCCGUUCAGCCGGGCCCUGCUGCAGCCUUUGCUGCUGCUCCUGGUGGUGGCCGUGCGCGCCCUGCCCAGCGCGGACGGGACGUGCCCCGAACGCGCGCUGGAGCGGCGCGAGGAGGAGGCGAACGUGGUGCUCACCGGCACCGUGGAGGAGAUCCUCAACGUGGACCCGGUGCAGCACACAUACUCGUGCAAGGUUCGGGUCUGGCGGUACCUGAAGGGCAAAGAUGUGGUGGCCCAGGAAAGCCUGCUGGACGGAGGCAACAAAGUGGUGAUUGGCGGCUUCGGAGACCCCCUCAUCUGUGACAACCAGGUGUCCACUGGAGACACCAGGAUCUUCUUUGUGAACCCUGCCCCACCAUACCUGUGGCCGGCCCACAAGAAUGAGCUGAUGCUAAACUCCAGCCUCAUGCGCAUCACCCUGCGGAACCUGGAGGAGGUCGAGCACUGUGUGGAAGACAAACCUGGGACCCACUUCACACCAGUGCCCCCAACACCUCCAGAUGCGUGCCGAGGAAUGCUGUGUGGCUUUGGCGCUGUCUGCGAGCCCAGCGCAGACGAGCCGGGCCGAGCCUCCUGCGUGUGCAAGAAGAGCGCCUGCCCCAGCGUGGUGGCGCCUGUGUGCGGCUCGGAUGCCUCCACCUACAGCAACGAGUGCGAGCUGCAGCGGGCGCAGUGCAGCCAGCAGAGGCGCAUCCGCCUGCUGCGCCGCGGGCCCUGCGGGACCCGGGACCCCUGCUCCAAUGUCACCUGCAGCUUUGGCAGCACCUGUGUGCCCUCUGCUGAUGGACUGACGGCUAUGUGCUUGUGCCCUGCCACGUGCCUGGGGGCCCCGGAACGCCCUGUGUGCGGCAGCGACGGCAGCGACUACCCCAGUGAGUGCCAGCUCUUGCGCCAAGCCUGUGCCCACCAAGAGAACGUCUUCAAGAAGUUCGACGGUCCUUGCGACCCCUGCCAGGGCUCCCUCAGUGACCUGAGCCGUACCUGCCGUGUGAACCCACGCACGCGGCAGCCAGAGAUGCUCCUGCGACCAGAGAGCUGCCCUCCCCGUGGGACACCCGUGUGUGGGGACGACGGGGUUACUUACGAUAAUGACUGCGUCAUGGGCCGAACAGGGGCUGCCCGAGGCCUCCUCCUGCAGAAAGUGCGCUCUGGCCAGUGCCAGCCUCAAGACCAGUGCCCGGAGCCGUGCAGAUUCAAUGCCGUCUGCCUGUCCCGCCGAGGCCGCCCCCGCUGUUCCUGUGACCGCGUCGUCUGUGACGGGGCCUACAGACCUGUGUGUGCCCAUGACGGGCACACGUAUGACAAUGACUGCUGGCGCCAGCAGGCCGAGUGUCAGCAGCAACGUAGCAUCCCCAUGAAGCACCAGGGCCCGUGUGACCAGCCCCCAUCCCCAUGCCGUGGGGUGCAGUGUCCAUUUGGGGCAACGUGUACUGUGAAGAAUGGGGAAGCCGAGUGUGCAUGUCACCAAGCGUGUUCAGGCGUCUAUGACCCUGUGUGUGGCAGUGAUGGCGUCACGUAUGGCAGUGUGUGCGAACUGGAAGCUUCAGCCUGUGCCCUUGGGCGGGAGAUCCGAGUGGCUCGCCGAGGACCCUGUGACCGCUGUGGGCAGUGCCGCUUUGGAGCCCUGUGUGAAGCUGAGACUGGGCGCUGUGUGUGCCCCUCCGAAUGUGUGGCCUCAGCCCAGCCUGUGUGUGGCUCUGAUGGGCGCACAUAUGCCAGUGAAUGUGAACUACACGUGCACGCCUGCACACGUCAGAUCAGUCUGCACGUGGCCUCAGCCGGUCCCUGCCAGACCUGUGGAGACACAGUGUGUGCCUUUGGGGCUGUGUGCUCAGCGGGGCAGUGCGUGUGUCCCCGGUGUGAGCGCCCUCCACCCGGCCCCGUGUGUGGCAGUGAUGGCGUGACCUACGGCAGUUCAUGUGAGCUCCGUGAGGCUGCCUGUCAGCAGCAGACACAGAUCGAGGAAGCCCGAGUGGGGCCGUGUGAGCAAGCUGAGUGUGGCUCCGGAGGCUCGGGUUCGGGAGAGGACGGCGAGUGUGAGCCUGAACUGUGCCGGCAGCGAGGUGGCAUCUGGGAUGAGGACUCGGAGGAUGGGCCAUGCGUCUGCGGCUUCAGCUGCCAGGGCGUCCUGAGGAGCCCGGUGUGUGGGUCGGAUGGAGUCACCUACCGCACCGAAUGUGAGCUGAAGAAGGCCAGGUGUGAAUCACAGCCAGAGCUGUAUGUCGUGGCCCAGGGAGCCUGCCGUGGCCCCACUUUGGCCCCAUUGCCACCUGCGAUUCCCCUGCACUGUGCUCAGACCCCCUACGGUUGCUGCCAGGACAACAUCACUGUUGCCCAGGGCGUGGGCCUGGCUGGCUGCCCCAGCUCAUGCCAGUGUAACCCACACGGCUCCUACGGUGGCACCUGUGACCCAGUCACAGGCCAGUGCUCCUGCCUCCCGGGUGUGGGGGGCCUCAAGUGUGACCGCUGUGAGCCUGGCUUCUGGAACUUCCGUGGUAUCGUCACUGAUGGCCGGAGCGGCUGUACCCCCUGCAGCUGUGACCCCCGGGGUGCCGUGCGGGACGACUGUGAGCAGAUGACUGGGCUAUGCUCCUGUAAGCCUGGGGUGGCCGGGCCCAAGUGUGGGCAGUGUCCAGAUGGCCGUGCUCUGGGCCCUGCUGGCUGUGAAACAGACUCUUCGCCACCCACGACCUGUGCUGAGAUGCUUUGUGAGUUUGGGGCAUCCUGUGUGGAGGAGGCUGGCUCUGCCCACUGCGUGUGCCCAACACCCACCUGUCUAGCGGCUGAUGCUACCAAGGUCUGUGGGUCAGAUGGAGUCACUUAUGGCAAUGAGUGCCAGCUGAGGACCAUCGCCUGCCGCCAGGGCUUGGAGAUCUCUAUCCAGAGCUUCGGCCCCUGCCAGGAAGGCAUCACUUCUGGUCCGCAUCAGACAUCCGCAUCUGUGGCCCCCUUAGCACUUGAUCACAAGGCACCAUUGCCGCCCCCCAGCGCCUUGCCCCUGGCUCCCAGCAGUACCCGCCACAGCCAGCCCACUGCUCGAGCCUCAUCACAACCUUGGACCAUGGCCAGCAUCCCCAGGACCACCGCAAGGCCAGUGCUGACCAUGCCUCCCAUGGCCCCCUCCCCGGCAGCCAGCCUCGUCACCUCUGCCUUCGGCGAAUCUGGCAGCGCUGAUGGGAGCGGUGACGAGGAGCUGAGCGGUGACUUGGAGGCCAGUGGGACUGGCUCAGGAGGACUUGAGUCCCCGGAAAGAGACAGUGCUGGGACCCCUGGGCUACCCAUGGAAAGGGCUUCUUGCUACAACUCACCUAUGGGCUGCUGCUCAGAUGGCAAGACACCCUCCCUGGACGCAGAGGGCUCUAACUGUCCUGCCACCAAGGCGUUCCAGGGUGUGCUGGAGCUCGAAGGGGUCGAGGGGCAAGAACUGUUCUACACGCCGGAGAUGGCGGACCCCAAGUCUGAGCUGUUUGGGGAGACUGCCAGGAGCAUUGAGAGCGCACUGGAUGACCUCUUCCGGAAUUCAGACGUUAAGAAGGACUUCCGAAGUGUCCGCCUACGGGACUUGGGGCCAGGCAGCUCGGUCCGGGCCAUUGUGGAAGUGCACUUUGACCCCACCACAGCCUUCAGAGCGUCCGACGUGGGCCGGGCCCUGCUCCGGCAGCUCCAGGUGUCCAGGCGCAGAUCCCUGGGCGUGAAGCGGCCUCUGCAGGAACACGUGCGGUUCAUGGACUUCGACUGGUUUCCUGCAUUCUUCACGGGAGCCACCCCAGCUGCAGCCACAGCCAGAGCCACCACAGUGGCCCGCCUGCCACCUUCAGCUGCAACCCCUCGGGCCCACUUUCCCAGUCACACAAGCCGGCCUGUCAGCAGGACCACACCUCCCCCGACCACGCGCCAGCCCCCCACCACUGCCCCUAGUCGUGUGCCUGGACGCCGUCCCCUGCCCCCAGGCACCCAGCAGCCCCGAAGGCCCUGUGACUCCCAGCCCUGCCUCCAUGGGGGCACCUGCCAGGACCAGGGCUCAGGUGCAGACUUCACCUGCAGCUGCCCAGCAGGCACGGAGGGUGCCGUCUGUGAGAAGGCCCUGCACCCCUCCGUGCCAGCCUUCGGGGGCUCCUCCUUCCUGGCCUUUCCCACCCUUCGUGCCUACCACACCCUGCGCCUGGCGCUCGAGUUCCGGGCGCUGGAGCCCCAGGGGCUGCUGCUCUACAACGGCAAUGCCCGGGGCAAGGACUUCCUGGGACUGGCGCUGCUGGGAGGCCGUGUGCAGUUCAGGUUCGACACAGGCUCAGGGCCCGCGGUGCUGACGAGCUCCGUGCCCAUGCAGCCCGGCCAGUGGCAUCGCCUGGAGCUGUCUCGGCACUGGCGCCAAGGUACUCUCUCCGUGGAUGGUGAGACUCCUGUUCUGGGCCAGAGCCCCAGUGGCACUGAUGGUCUCAACCUGGACACUGACCUUUUCGUGGGUGGCGUCCCUGAGGAUCAGGCUUCCACGGUGCUAGAGCGGACCUCUGUCAGCGUUGGUCUUAGGGGUUGUAUCCGCUUGCUGGACGUCAACAAUCAGCGGCUGGAGCUGAGCAGCUGGCCAGAAUCUGCGACUCGAAGCUCCGGAGUGGGCGAGUGUGGGGACCACCCCUGUCUGCCUAGCCCCUGCCUCGGAGGGGCCCCGUGCCAGGCCCUGGAGGCAGGCAGGUUCCGCUGUCAGUGCCCACCCGGCCGCUUUGGCCCAACUUGUGCUGACGAGGACCCUUGUCAGCCGAACCCCUGCCAUGGAGCAGCCCCCUGCCGCGUGCUGCCCCAGGGAGAGGCCAAGUGCGAGUGCCCCCAUGGCCGGGAGGGCAGCCUCUGCCAGACAGUCUCAGAGCCGGAGGACAACCAGCCGUUCCUGGCUGAUUUCAGCAGCUUCUCCUACCUGGAACUGAAAGGCCUGCACACCUUUGAGCGGGACCUGGGGGAGAAGAUGGCGCUGGAGGUGGUAUUCCUGGCUCGGAGCCCCAGCGGCCUGCUUCUCUAUAAUGGACAGAAGACAGAUGGCAAGGGUGACUUUGUGUCUCUGGCGUUGCACAAUGGCCUCCUGGAGUUCCGCUACGACCUGGGCAAGGGGGCAGCGGUCAUCAGGAGCAAGGAGCCGGUGGCCCUGGGUGCUUGGACCAGGGUCUCCCUGGAGCGAAAUGGACGCAAAGGAGCCAUGCGGGUUGGCGAUGGGCCUCGCGUGCUGGGGGAGUCCCCGAAAUCCCGCAAGGUGCCACACACCGUUCUCAACCUAAAGGAGCCACUCUUUGUUGGGGGGGCCCCUGAUUUCAGCAAGCUGGCCCGAGCAGCUGCCGUGUCCUCUGGCUUUGAUGGAGCCAUCCAGCUGGUCUCCCUGAAUGGCCGCCAACUGCUGACCCGUGAGCACGUGGUCCGGGCCAUGGACGUCUCGUCCUUUGCAGACCACCCUUGUACCCAGGCCGAGGGUCAGCCUUGCCUCCAUGGGGCUUCCUGUCUCCCCCGUGAGGCCUCCUACGAGUGCCUGUGUCCUGCAGGCUUCUCGGGGCUGCACUGUGAGAAGGGCUUGAUUGAGAAAUCAGCUGGGGACCUGGACGCACUGGCUUUUGAUGGACGGACCUACAUCGAGUACCUCAACGCUGUGACCGAGAGCGAACUGACCAAUGAGAUCCCAGCCCCUGAAACUCUGGAUUCCGGGGCCAGUCCCAGUGAGAAGGCACUCCAGAGCAACCACUUUGAGCUGAGCCUGCGCACUGAGGCCACACAGGGGCUGGUGCUGUGGAGUGGCAAGGCCACGGAGCGGGCUGACUACAUCGCACUGGCCAUCGUGGACGGGCGCCUGCAGCUGGCUUACGACCUGGGCUCCCAGCCCGUGGUGCUGCGCUCCACCGUACCAGUCAAUACCAACCGCUGGUUGCGGGUCAGGGCACACAGGAAACAGAGGGAAGGUUCCCUUCAGGUGGGCAACGAGGCCCCUGUGACUGGCUCCUCCCCACUGGGUGCCACGCAGCUGGACACAGAUGGAGCCCUGUGGCUGGGUGGCCUGGGGAAGCUGCCCACGGGCCAGGCCCUGCCCAAAGCCUAUGGCACAGGCUUUGUGGGCUGCCUGCGGGACGUGGUGGUGGGCCAGCGCCCGCUGCACCUGCUGGAGGACGCCAUCACCAAGCCAGAGCUUCGGCCCUGCCCUGCCCUGUGAGCCACGCUGCAGCCGCUGCCCACCCUGUUGUAAUUAUUUUCUAUUUUUGUAAACUUGUUGCUUUUUUGAUAUGAUUUUCUUGCCUAUGUGACGGCUGGAGGGACUGCUGGCACGGCCUCCCUCCUAACCAGGAAGGUGAGCUGCAGAGAUGGACUUGGUGCCGAGGGACUCUCAGGGUUAGGAGGGUAACUCGGCACAUGGAAGACUUGGCUCACUCAGCAGCCUAGGGAUGCGAUGUGACCCUCUGCGUUGGGACACUGUGUCCUGGCCUCUCAGGCUGUGCCUGCACAGUGCCCACUUGUGCUGGCCCCUGUUCUCCAGCCUGUCGGCAGACCUUGCAUAUACACAUUGCCCACAUUCCCUCUGGCGAGGCCUGUCCCUAGAGCAGCAAGGUGCUGUGGGGUUUGGAGGGGCCCUUCCUCUGUGUAGGCUUGAGGCCUUUCUGGAUUCCAGCUGAGCUGCCCCUCCUCUCUGCCUGUGCUGGGUGGGGCCAGCCUCACUGAGCCUCAUGAGCCCAGGCUUCAUGUGCCAAUCCUGUGAAACAAUGUCAUUGUUGGGGCCAUGCUAGCCCCUCCCUCCAGCUAUGCCCACCCAUCCCAGGGCACUGGAGAGCAGAGGCCAAGCCCAGGCCUGUUCAGGGCACCCUGGCCCACGGUUGGCCCUGCCCAUCUACCCAGCCACCCUGGACGUGGCUGUGACCCCUUUCCACUGCCCAAGUUCCUGUGAGGAGCCCUGAGAAGGAGCAGGGCCACUUGUGAUAUGUGGACUGCUUGAUUUUGGCCAGCAUCCCCUCUCAAGGAUGCAAUGUCCAGGCAUGGCCACCAACCUCAGAGUCUUUAUGUAUGGAUUUUAUUUGAUACCUGGGGUGGCGGGCCUGUUGUCCUUCUUGUCCUGGCGCGAGGACAGCUGAGGACACCACAUAGAAAACAUUUUGUCCAGUUCGGGGGUGAGGAGUGGUUGUCCUUAUCCAAAAGUGACCAGGAGUAGACUGGGUGUCUUACCAAGGCCAAGGAGCAGGUGCAGGGGUGGCAGAGAUGGCUGUGAAGCCAGAAAUGCCUUAAACUGCAAUGUUAGGUCUCAUCUGGUCCCAUCCCCCCAGCUGCCCACACCUCUCGUGGUGGGGGUGGCAACCCCAACCCUCCUGCAGCCUCUCUCACAGCCCGGCGUGGGCUGUCAGGCUUAGAGGCUGGAGGAGCCUUAUAUGUCCUGUUACUAACUCCAACCUGUGUUUGUCAAUCACCGUGAAAUAAAGUCUGAACACUUUCAA